AUGGAUACGUCUACUGGAUUUAGAAUGUUUACAGCUGUGCAUAUUACUUAUUUUAAACCUUCCAAUAUUAAAAUUCGUUCAUUUAUUUGCAUCAAAAGAUGGUAUGAAGGUAAUCCAUGCAAUAUGCACCUUCUAGAUUUGUCAGCAAAAGUCAAGGAGGGCGUGAUAAAGGCUGGAAUGGUUGGAUACAGGUUCAACACCGUGGGCGUGAGCGAUGCCAUUAGUAUGGGUACAAGAGGGAUGAGUUUUUCUCUCCAGAGUAGAGAUUUGAUCGCGGAUUCCAUCGAGACGGUUAUGGAUGGACAAUGGUAUGAUGCUAAUAUCUCUCUCCCGGGUUGCGAUAAAAACAUGCCGGGCUGUUUGAUCGCAAUGGGGCGUUUCAAUCGUCCGUCUAUCAUGGUUUACGGUGGAACAAUUCGUGCCGGAAAAUCUCAAUGCGGUCAAGGCCCUUUAGAUAUCAUUUCGGCAUUUCAGUCUUACGGCUCAUAUGUUGCUGGAUCUAUCAACGAAGAACAAAGAAUGGAUAUUAUAAGACAUGCAUGCCCUGGCGCCGGGGCUUGCGUGGCCUCGGCGAUUGAAGUAAUGGGAAUGACACUACCAUACAGUUCAUCAACACCCGCUGAAGACCCGGCCAAAUUAGAGGAAUGUUUCAACGCUGGCUACGCUAUACGCAACCUACUUGAGAGAGACAUCAAACCAUCCGACAUUAUGACUCGUAAAGCUUUCGAGAAUGCGAUGGUUGUCACUAUGAUACUAGGUGGAUCGACAAACGCCGUGUUGCACCUGAUCGCGAUUGCGAGAUCCGUGGGUGUAUCAUUAUCGUUGGACGAUUUUCAGAAAGUUAGCGAUAGGACACCUUUCUUGGCAAAUCUAAAACCUAGUGGCAAAUAUGUCAUGGAGGAUUUGCAUAAUAUUGGUGGCAUACCAGCGGUCUUAAAAUAUCUCCUAGAAAAUGAUUUAAUCCACGGAGAUACCUUGACGGUAACAGGAAAAUCCCUUGCUGAAAACCUGGAAUCUGUUCCGGUUUUAACAUUUGACAACCAGGACAUUAUUUAUCCGCUCUUAAAACCUAUUAAACCCACCGGGCACAUUCAAAUAUUGAGGGGAAACCUUGCACCCGAAGGAUCAGUUGCAAAAAUCACAGGAAAAGAGGGGUUGGUAUUUUCAGGUGUGGCAAAGGUUUUUGACGGAGAGCAAGAGAUGUUAAAGGCAUUUGAACGUGGGGAGAUCAUCAAGGGACAAGUGAUUAUUAUUCGCUACGAAGGACCUCAAGGUGGACCGGGAAUGCCUGAAAUGUUGACUCCCACAAGUGCGAUAAUGGGGGCAGGACUUGGAAAAGAUGUUGCCUUGCUAACCGAUGGAAGAUUCUCCGGUGGCAGUCAUGGCUUCAUCAUUGGACAUGUAACACCCGAAGCACAAAUUGGAGGACCAAUUGCUUUGGUAAGAGAUGGUGAUAAAAUAGUGAUCGAUGCGGAAAAAAAAUCGAUCGACGUGGACAUUAGUGAACAUGAAUUUUCAAAGAGACGAGAAGAAUGGAAAGCUCCACCAUAUAAGGCAACCAGAGGAACCUUGUAUAA